AUGGAUGAAGAACAGGCGAUGAAAAUGGUGGUGCAGGCGGCGCUGGUGUCGCAGAAAGUUAGAGAGGCACUACAGGCUUCGUUGCCUGUUGCUACCGAGCAGUUGAUGACUGUCCAGAUUCCCGGCACCAUCAUCGAUACAACUGAACCCGGUCCUUACGUCUGGAACUCCAAGGAAGAGUCCGAUACACCACAUCGCAUCAAAGUCAAUGAGUCUCGGCUCGUAGACAACAUGGUUCCCUUGAGCAAAGUCAUGAUGGGUAUCACUGGGAAAAGCGUGGCUAGAAGCUAUGCUGCAGCUCUGGACAUGCUGAUUCCGGAAGAUGCUCCGAUUGAAACAGACAAGUCCACAGCUACCAAGACUGCGGCUGCUGAUCGCUACGUCGCAGCAAUGAGAUACCUGACCUCAACAGCUCCCAACUCCAGCAAGUCUGUGAUCGAUGUCUAUGUUGAGAAGCAGCAAGCCUACUCUGAGGCGAUGAACAAGUGGGAAGCGGCAAAGACCAAGGCCCGAUCGGAUGCCAAGGAACGUUUCCCGGGGAAUGUCAAGGAGCAGCAGAGGUUCUAUGAUGACUGGAAUCAAGAGAGUUUUCGCAACUUCAAGAACAACGCGCAGGCCAAGUAUAUGGACUGGAUUGUCAACGGUAGCAAGUACAAGGUUGACUACUACUUUGGCAUUGUUGAUGUCUCAUCCGCAAUGAAGAGGGUGGAAUCGAGCAAGGAAGCUGCUCGCAACCUUGUCGUGAUUGAUCCUGACGGUUCAACGGAAUGGCAAGAGGUUCAUCUUACCCCGCUUAACUGGGCAUCUCUUUGCAAGGAGAAGGUUGAUCAAUGGGGAGAGCAGAACAAUAAGUUGAGCCGCAAGGACUUUGAGUCUGAGAUCAAGCGUCUUAACCGUCUACUGUUGUCUUACACUGGUCUGAAGAACUCGAUUGACCCAGAUGGCGCUACUGGGAGGGCCAUUGAAGCAGCCAAAGCCAAGGCCGCCACGAAUGGAACGACUGGAGAUAACCCUGGCGAAAACAACCAAACUGUUACCGAGACUCCCACAGCGGUCACACCGCGCGUCGUCGAUCCAGAAGGGAAGUUAGCUACGGCCUAUAAGGAUCUCUAUGACGAACAGAACAAUACACCACCUGACCGAAAGAAAAUCCAAGAGAAGCAGAAUGCUCUGCAAGCGGCCCUCGACGCCAAUGGCAAGGCCAACAUGGAAAACAACAAGCAAAUUGCCUCUGAUCUUUCCAAAGGAAGCAAGAAAGAAAAGCUUCUUUGGAUCAACAGUAUGAUCGCCGAUGUGGAGAGCCAGGUUAAGCUGCUUGAGAAAGGGCUCGAGGAUUUCUUCAAGGCUAGUACCUCGUCCCCUGCUAUCACGGAUGUUAUCAAGAGAGAUGUCAAGGACCCUGGACAAGAAGAAAAGGGAGAGCUUGUGUCAACUCAGUAUGCAGAAGCUGAUGGCCAGUACGCGGACCCUAAAUUCAAUAUCCCUCGCAAUGGAGUCGCUGUUGCACAGCAAAACAAGGUUGAACCAAGCAAAUGGACAAAGAUUACGCUGAGCGUCUCAUCAUCGUCCCAGUCUAGCUCCACGGAGACAUUUUCCUCUUCAACAUCAGCCAGCGCUAGCGCAUCCGGAUGGUGGUGGAGUGCUUCAGCCAGCGUCAACCACUCCGAGGCAUCUAUGAAAGCCUCACAGGCAACUUCCAACUGCGCCGUGGACAUCAAGUUUGAGGCUCUCUUGGUGACCAUUGACCGAGCCUGGCUACAUGGCGAGUUGUUUUCAGACCCCGAGCUCAACACCGGCGACGACGUGAAGCUGUCGCCUGGCGCCCUUGAUCUUCACAAGCUGAUUGAUCAGAAGAAUGACAAGGCGCUGGCCAACUAUCCUUACUUUCCGUCGUACCCUACCGCGUUUAUCGUGGCGUCCAAUGUGGAGCUCGAAUUCCGUGGUGACACGUCGUCCCUCGAAGAGGCAGUCGAGUCUUCUCAUACUGAUGCCCAGAUCAAGGUUGGGUAUGGACCUUUCAGUCUGAGUGGUAGUCAUAGUCAGGAUAAGUCAAGUGCUAAGACGAAGAUGGAGACUACAGCGACUGGCACGAGGAUUACUUUGGAGGCUCCCGCGAUUAUUGGUUGGGUCAGUCAGCUUGUACCCCAGCUGCCACGUCCCAAGGGAGGGAGUUCGCUGCUUGGCCCGAUGUUUUGA